UGCAUCGCAAACCAUCGGCGCUUAUCGUGAAAUUCCGUUUUAUGGCAGCACGCGCCUGAACUCGGUAGCAGCUUCCGGAGUUGUUGAUACCGGUGAACGAGGGCAGCAAUUUAGUCUGUAUGAGGUAUCACCGACUCCUGUAACCAUGGUAUCGAGUCUUGCCCCCUCCUUCCAUAGAUAGCGCAACUUAACAUCACGGGUUAUCAACAAGUAGAACACGCGUGUACCAUUCUGAUGAACGCUUUGCGGAUUUACUCUAACUCGAAGAACUUUUUAAAAGAGAAGAAGAAUCUGAAAUGAACGAUCAAGAGAAUGUUUCACCGAUCGUGACAACUAAAGCAACACUUCAAUCCGAGGUCGAGAAGGAUUUUGAUGGCCAAUCGUCUACAACAGGAACAGCUGACUAUUCGUCAGUCGUUACGUCACAGCCCCGCCCCCAGAAGCUCACCCGGGUGGAACUGUUGAUGCCGUUUGAUGAGGCGCACAGUGAACGGGAGUGGUCGGCGGGACUGUUCGAGUGCAAGUCGGGAAGACGACAUUGUUGCUCGCUGUGUUGUUGCUGGUGUUACUUCAGAUACAUGAUCUCAACGCGGCUGGGGGAGACGCCGUUCAUGCCUCACAUACCGUGCGCUGUGUUCGCCCUCAGGGUCAAGGUGCGGACCUUGUUUAGUAUAAAGGGUUCCCUUAUAAAAGACUUUUACACGAGCCUGUGUUGCGAGCCGUGUGCUGUGUGUCAAAUGACGAGAGAGCUCGACAGUGUCGGGUUGUGAACACCAGAGGUGUAAAAAACACUUUCCACAAACGCUCAGACCAGCAGUAUUACGCCAUCACUCUCUUAAAAUGACAUCAGAAGAUUCCUCACCAGUCUCGAUUAGUCUAUCGUUUAAUCACAGACAAUAGAUCACGUAUUAAACAUCUGACUCUAUUAUUUAGCAGUAUUAACAGAUGCCCAUAAAAUAUCAGUCUUUUAAAAACGUUUUAGUUACAUAAUGUAUAGAUAUUGAAUACCAUUCUGUCUAUACAAUAUAUAGAGGAUAUUUCAUGUUUUUUGUCAAUUAUGAUUUAUAUCUCAUCGAGUGAAGUUUGCAAUCAUAGCUCACGAAUCGCGCUUGCCCGACGAGUGUGAUAUGAUUGCAAACUUCACGAGAUGAGAUAUCAAUCAUAUUUGACAAAAAAGAUGAAAGUUUCUAUUUAUUAUAUAACUUUUGGCAAUUUACCUUUAUUUUUAAAA